GUCUAUGUUAUUUUAAAUAGACUACCAAGUAUUUUCUACGCAAACACGUCCUAUCACGAGUGGUCAGGGGCUUGAGCGCGUUCUCUCAUAUAUGGUUUCCAUGACAGCAUCACCGGGGUCCUCUAUCGUGAGGAAGUGGAAAGCUGGACAGAACUACAGUCAUUGUAGCUCAAAGAAAAUAAAGCAUUUUUAGAUGAAAGAGUAAAGAAUAAAUAUUUUUUUCCGAAAAGUGUUUUUAAUGUUAGCUAGAAACUAACAUAAAUUGGAAGUUUAGAAGGCAUAUGGACUCGGACAACGAGAAGCCGCGCAAGAAGAAGAGACGGCCGCACUGGAUUGUGCGUGGUCUCGGGCCGGGUUUUACUGCCUGCAUGGGUUUCGUAAUAAGCGUGCUGUACAUCACUUUCCCGUGCGCUUGGUUGGCUACUCAUGUUUCAGUGGCCUAUCCUGUGGCAUCUGCAAUGUUACUAACUGGGACCGUGGUAACUUUCCUGGUGUCAAGUUUCAUGGAUCCUGGCAUUCUCCACCAAGGCCCCCCAUGGCCAGGCACAGCAGAGGUGGCCUAUGUGAUAGUGAAUGGUCAGAAGUAUGAUAUGGACUGGUGCAGUAGGUGUGAGAUCUACCUUCCCCCUGCUGCAUGGCACUGCCGUCGCUGCAAUGCCUGUGUGGACCGGUUCGACCACCACUGUGAGUGGCUGAAUAACUGCGUGGGGAGACGUAACUACCGUGUGUUCCUGCUCUUCCUCCUGCUGCUGACGUCAUACCUGCUCCUGGUCCUCUCAUCCUCUCUGUUCUUCCUCUUCCUCACCCUCCUCACCCUGCACCAGCCCUUCAGCCUGCCCCACGCCACCACGUAUCCACACACACACACACACACACACCGGGGUCACAGUCCCAAAGUGUACGCAUACUAUUCUCUUUAAACCUUAACAUUAACUGACCAGUGUGGUCGUCAUGGUUACCAGCCUGGCCUGUGUGCUCUUGGUCUUGGUUAUACUCAUCAGCAACAUCAAGCUGAUCUCCAAGGGGGAGCCAUCCUCUACUAUAGAGCCCUACUUUGAGCCUGAUGAUAAGAACCCAUUUGAUCAGGGCUGCUGGAAGAACUGGACCCACGUCCUCUGUUCCCCUACUGGACCCAGGUUUCUGGGGGCUGUGAAGCCCAGCAGAAGAGGAGACACUGAGGGGGACUGGAGCAGUCUAACCCUUCUCCAUCAGGAAGACCAUUGUUUGUACAGCUGCAGCUCAGUCCCCUGUUGUAAUACUUGUAAACAUCACAAGGUGGCGGUAGGCCCAGCCAGCCCAGGCCAUUUCAAGCACAGCACACCGAGUCUAGACAGUCUGAAGGAAGGGAGAGGCUGUCGCUGCUGCUACAGGGAAGUAGUACCAGCCGGCUGCGUGACAACAGACAAACACAGCGACAACAACAAGCCCUCACAGAGCACUGCUGUGGAGAUCCCAGAUAUGUUGGCUGCUGGUGAUGAGGACUUGGACCAGGAACGGGAUGGAGUUCUGAUCAGAGCAGCAAAGUAGCUUUACAUCCUGACCACCAGAGGGAGCUGUGUAGACAACCACAACACCAACACCAGCCCCAGGCCUGGACCACCUCAACACCAUAACCAACACCAGCCCCAGGCCUGGACCACCUCAACACCACACCAUAACCAACACCAGCCCCAGGCCUGGACCACCUCAACACCACACCAUAACCAACACCAGCCCCAGGCCUGGACCACCUCAACACCAUAACCUACACCAGCCCCAGGUCUGGACCACCUCAACACCAUAACCAACACCAGCCCCAGGCCCGGACCACCUCAACACCACACCAUAACCAACACCAGCCCCAGGCCUGGACCACCUCAACACCAUAACCAACACCAGCCCCAGGCCCGGACCACCUCAACACCACACCAUAACCAACACCAGCCCCAGGCCCGGACCACCUCAACACCACACCAUAACCAACACCAGCCCCAGGUCUGGACCACCUCAACACCAUAACCAACACCAGCCCCAGGCCUGGACCACCUCAACACCACACCAUAACCUACACCAGCCCCAGGCCUGGAGCACCUCAACACCACACCACAACACCAGCCCCAGGCCUGGACCACCUCAACACCAUAACCUACACCAGCCCCAGGCCUGGACCACCUCAACACCACACCACACCACCAACACCAGCCCCAGGUCUGGACCACCUCAACACCACACCAUAACCUACACCAGCCCCAGGCCUGGAGCACCUCAACACCACACCAUAACCAACACCAGCCCCAGGCCUGGACCACCUCAACACCAUAACCUACACCAGCCCCAGGUCUGGACCACCUCAACACCAUAACCAACACCAGCCCCAGGCCCGGACCACCUCAACACCACACCAUAACCAAUACCAGCCCCAGGCCUGGACCACCUCAACACCAUAACCAACACCAGCCCCAGGCCCGGACCACCUCAACACCACACCAUAACCAACACCAGCCCCAGGCCCGGACCACCUCAACACCACACCAUAACCAACACCAGCCCCAGGUCUGGACCACCUCAACACCAUAACCAACACCAGCCCCAGGCCUGGACCACCUCAACACCACACCAUAACCUACACCAGCCCCAGGCCUGGAGCACCUCAACACCACACCACAACACCAGCCCCAGGCCUGGACCACCUCAACACCAUAACCUACACCAGCCCCAGGCCUGGACCACCUCAACACCACACCACACCACCAACACCAGCCCCAGGUCUGGACCACCUCAACACCACACCAUAACCUACACCAGCCCCAGGCCUGGAGCACCUCAACACCACACCAUAACCUACACCAGCCCCAGGCCUGGAGCACCUCAACACCACACCAUAACCAACACCAGCCCCAGGCCUGGACCACCUCAACACCAUA